AUGGAGUUGAAUAGCAGACACAGUCAGAAAGGGGAGGAUGAAGACAGGCUCAGCAUGCUGCCUGACGACGUUUUACUGUCCAUCUUGGGGAGAGUCGACAUCGCCACGGCUGCAAGGACAAGUGCCGUGUCAACACGGUGGAAGCACCUGCCAUGGCUGCUCCGCGAGCUCACCAUCGACGUCAAAGACUUCUUGCCUACCCCACACCCGAACCCUGUCGAAGCCCAGCACAUGGAUGCCGCCAUGGCAUCCCUGACGAAAGCGAUCAGGAGCCUCUUGGGCAGCCCUCAGAGAGAGGCUACCAUUAUCACAAGGCGGCUGCAACUCAAGCUCUAUCUGGUCAACGGUUACUCAGACGCUGUUGGCCCUCUACUUGCUGAAGCAAUUGGCACUGGCUCUCUCAAGGAUCUAGACCUUGCCAUUUUGGACGAGAAGGAGCCUGUUGACUGCACUAGUGAGUGCAUGCUCCAUCAAGCUUGCAUCGUCGAUGGCUUCUUCAGUGCCUGUCCUAGUGUGAUCCACUGCCUCACAGGCCUCUCACUGGACAAUGUCUGCUUUGCUGAAUGGGACAUGCAACACCUCCUGUUGGACUGUUGCAAGCAGCUGCGGCGUCUCUUCCUCUCCAACUGCGACAUGGGAAUGUUCUCGGCAUGGAAGAUACAGGCACCGGGCUCGCAUCUUGAGGUGCUGGAAGUCGGCUGCUGCUGCUUGGGGAAGCUUGAGGUGCUGAACCUUCCAAAGCUGGAACGCCUCUGUUGGGAUGGCUGGAUCUGUCCUAAUGCCCCCUUAUCACUUGGUGUUGUUCCAUCUCUUACCGAAUUGCAACUCUUAUGUCCUGCAAAUGUUACUUUUCAAGGGUUUAAUUUGAGCGAUGUUACAAGACCUGACACUAAGUUUCCAAGGAGAGAAUCUUUGGUUGAGACCAGAAGGGAAGCAACUCUGCUCCGUGCUCAGUAG